ACUUGUGCACCACACCGCAAAGAUUCACUAGCAACCCCAGUCCACCACUGCCUCUCCUCCGUCGCGACCGCUCAGCGACCCUCGCCGUCUCCCAUUUUAUUUAAAACCCCCGACAAGAAAAAAAAAAUGGUGAGCGUCGAGGAACUCUGCCGCGCCCAGAAAUCACAAGGUCCUGCCACGAUCCUGGCCAUUGGAACAGCGACCCCCCCGAACGUUGUCGACCAGAGCACAUACCCGGAUUUUUUAUUUCGAGUCACCAAGAGCGAGCACAAGACAGAGCUGAAAAACAAGUUCAAGCGCAUGUGUGAACGAUCCAUGAUCAAGAAGAGGUACCUGCACAUGACGGAGGAGAUAUUGAAAGAGCACCCGCAGCUGUGUUCGUUCACGGAACCCUCCCUGGAUGCGAGGCACGACAUUUUGCUGGUGGAAGUGCCAAAGCUAGGGAAAGAGGCGGCGGCCAACGCCAUCAAGGAAUGGGGUCAGCCCAAGUCCAAGAUCACCCACCUGGUGUUUUGCACCACCAGCUGCGUGGACAUGCCGGGCUGCGACUACCAGCUCACCAAGCUCUUGGGCCUCCGUCCAUCCGUCAAGCGGUACAUGAUGUACCAGGUGGGUUGCUACGGCGGCGGCCUCGUCCUCCGCCUUGCCAAGGACAUCGCCGAGAACAACAAGGGGGCCCGCGUCCUCGUCGUCUGCGCCGAGAUCACUGUCGCCACCUUCCGAGGGCCCACCGAGGCCCACCUGGACAACCUCGUGGGCCAGGCCCUGUUCGGCGACGGCGCCUCCGCGCUCAUCGUGGGCUCCGAUCCCGUCCCGGGGGUGGAGAGGCCCCUGUACGAGAUCAUCUCCGCGUACCAGACCGUCCUCCCCAACAGCGAGGGCGCCAUCGCCGGGCACGUCCGCCAGAUUGGACUCACCAUCCAUCUCCUCAAGGACGUGCCGGGCCUCAUCUCCAAGAACAUCGAAAAGAGCAUGGCCGAGGCGUUCCAGCCGCUGGGCAUCACGGACUGGAACUCUCUCUUCUACAUCGUGCACCCCGGCGGGCCCGCAAUCCUCGACGACGUCGAGGCCAAGUUGAAGCUCAAGCCUGAGAAGAUGGACCGCUCGAGGUAUGUGCUCGGCGAGUACGGCAACAUGUCUAGUGCAUGCGCUUUCUUCGUAAUGGACGAGAUGAGGAAGAAAUCGGCCAAGGAAGGGCUUAAGACCACCGGAGAGGGGCUCGAAUGGGGCGUGCUCUUUGGAUUCGGUCCCGGCCUCACCGUCGAGACCGUCGUCCUCCAUAGCGUGGGCUUGUCGGCUUAGGGCUUUCGGGUCGGAUCCAACCUCGCUUGGCUUUCUCCAUCUAUUCCUAUUUCCACCUUAUGAUGCA